AUGGCUUUCCUCCCCGGAAACUCCUCCGACUGCUCCAACUGCACCCACUCUGUGGGACCUGUGAACAUUUCAAAGGCCAUUUUACUAGGUGUUAUUCUAGGGGGGCUGAUUGUUUUUGGGGUUCUGGGUAACAUUCUGGUUAUCCUCUCUGUAGCCUGCCACAGACAUCUUCAGAGUGUCACCCAUUAUUAUAUAAUUAACCUGGCUGUAGCUGACCUCCUCUUGACUUCCACUGUCCUGCCCUUCUCAGCUACUAUGGAGAUUUUGGGCUACUGGGCCUUUGGGAGAAUUUUCUGCAACAUCUGGGCAGCUGUUGAUGUCCUUUGCUGCACUGCUUCCAUUAUGAGCCUCUGUAUCAUCUCGAUAGACAGAUACAUCGGGGUGAGCUACCCGCUGAGAUACCCAAGUAUAGUGACAGAGAAGAGAGGCCUCCUGGCGUUACUGUGCGUUUGGGCAUUGUCCCUGGUGAUAUCGAUCGGACCUCUUUUUGGCUGGAAGGAACCAGCACCAGAAGAUGAGACCAUCUGUCAAAUCACCGAGGAGCCUGGCUACGUGUUGUUCUCUGCUCUAGGCUCCUUCUACCUCCCCCUGACCAUUAUCUUGGUGAUGUAUUGCCGAGUGUACGUAGUGGCCAAAAGGGAAAACAAAGGUCUGACUUCUGGUCUGAAGACAGAGAGAUCUCGUUCUGAAGAAGUGACCCUACGGAUCCAUCGUAAAAAUGCUCCUGAAGCGACAUCCAACCCCAAGAGCAAGCAUCAUUUCUCAGUGCGUCUCCUCAAGUUCUCCAGGGAAAAGAAAGCUGCCAAGACCCUGGGAAUAGUUGUGGGAUGCUUCGUUCUGUGCUGGCUUCCAUUUUUUGUAGUAAUGCCUCUUGGUUCUUUCUUUCCUGCAAUCAAACCCCCGGACACACUUUUUAAAAUAACAUUUUGGCUUGGAUAUUUAAACAGCUGCAUCAACCCCAUAAUCUAUCCGUGCUCAAGUCAAGAGUUUAAGAAAGCGUUCCAAAACGUCCUGAGAGCGCAGUGCCUCCCAAGGAAGCAAGCAGCAAAGAAGCAAUCCCCAAGUUUCAACCUCAACCAUCCCACCAGCCAAAGCAUGGAGACCGGCAAAGGUGUGGUCCGCAUCCCCGUCGGCUCAGGAGAAACCUUCUAUAAGAUUUCCAAGUCAGAUGGGGUCUGCGAAUGGAAGAUAUUCUCUGCUGUGCAAAGCAUGCCUGCAAAAAACGCGGUUUCUAAAGACUGUACUGCGGCCAAAGUGAAAAGUAAAGGUUUCCUCCAGGAAUGCUGCUGUGCAGGCACUUCAGGGAACCUUGUCCAUGAAAGCUGCAAAGUGCCAACCAUUAAAAUACACACCAUCUCCCUCGGUGAAAACGGGGAGGACGUCUAA